AUGAACAGGUUUUAUUCAAUGCAGGUGGAGGAGCCACAGAACGGGAAAGUGAAGGAGUCCUUCAGGUUCGUGUCAGAGGUGAAGAAGGAUGUGUGGAGAAACAGCGGAGAGGAGCAAUCAGAGGCUUCCUGUUGUCUAAGUGUCAAAAAGAUCUCCUACACAGUCAGUGAACGUGUUGGUCCAUGGUGGGACUUACCGUCCUACAGGAAACGAUGGACUCGUCAGAUCCUCAAUGACGUCUCCUUCCAUGUUGACAGUGGGCAGAUCAUGGGCAUACUGGGCAACUCAGGCUCGGGAAAGACCACAUUGCUGGAUGCCAUCUCAGGGAGGAUUGGGAACCAGGGCACACUGCUGGGAGAGAUCUUCAUUAAUGGCAGAAAACUGAAGCGAGAACAGUACCAGGACUGCUUCUCAUAUGUACUGCAGAGUGAUAACUUGCUGAGUUAUCUGACAGUGGAGGAGACCCUGACCUACACAGCCCAGCUGGCCCUGAGGAAACACUCGGCCGAAGCGAUCAAGAAAAAGGUGACAGCAGUGAUGGCCGAGCUGAGCCUGAGUCAUGUGGCCCACAGUGUUGUUGGAGGUCAGGUUUUCCCUGGGAUCUCUGGGGGUGAGCGCAGAAGGGUCUCCAUCGCCAGCCAGUUACUUCAGGACCCAAGGGUGGUCCUAUUGGAUGAGCCGACUACUGGCCUGGACAGCAUGACCGCCAAUCAGAUUGUGGUGCUGUUGGCCCAGCUGGCCAGGAGAAACCGUAUCGUCAUAGUAACCAUCCACCAACCGCGCUCUGAGCUCUUCAGGGUGUUCAACAGGAUCGCUAUAAUGAGUCGUGGAGAGCUAGUAUUUUGUGGCCCGACAGAAGACAUGGUGGACUUCUUCAGCCAAUGUGGAUAUGAGUGUCCGGAGUACUGCAACCCUUUUGACAUCUAUGUUGACUUCACCUCGGUGGACACGCGCAGCAGUGAGAGGGAGGCAGCCACAUUCACUCGCAUGCACGAAAUCACUUCAGCCUAUCAGAGGUCUGCCAUCUACCAGAGUAUGCUGGAAAAAAUGGAGCAGAGCCUGCAGAGGUCAGACAAGCCACCCAUCCCCUUCAAGAGCAAAGAGUCGCCAAGUGGUGCUGCCAAACUUGGAGUUCUGCUCAGACGCACAGCAAGAAACCUGUCCAGGGACAGGAUGGGUGUUCUGAUGCGUCUAUCCCAGAACCUGAUUUAUGGUCUGUUUGUGGCCUUCUUCGUCAUACAUUUAAACAUUGAUGUCACCAAGGGUGCUGUGCAGGACCGCAUUGGCAUCAUCUAUCAGAGCAUUGGUGCUUCACCCUACACUGGCAUGCUGAAUGCUGUGGCUCUCUUUCCAGCCUUGCGAGCCAUUGGUGAUCAGGAGAGUCAGGAUGGACUGUACACUAAAUGGCAAAUGUUCCUGGCUUACAUCUUCCACAUCCUGCCCCUCAGCAUCCUGAGUGUCUUCAUCUUCACCUCCUUCCUUUACUGGACGGUGGGGAUGCACCCGGAAGGUCUGCGCUUCCUGUGUUUCACUGCUGUAGUUCUGGUGCCACAUAUUAUAGGUGAGCUGCUAACUGUGGUGUUACUAGGUGUUGUCCAAGACCCUAACAUGGUCAACACUGGAGUGGCUCUACUCAAUAUUGCAGGAAUAGUGGUGGGCUCUGGCUUUCUACGGAGCACCCAGCAGAUGCCAGUGCUCUUUCAGUGGCUCAGUUACUUGACUUUCCAGAAGUACAGCUGUGAGCUGCUCAUAGUCACUGAGUUCCACGGUCUCCAGUUCACCUGCAAUAAUUCCAGAUCUUUGCCGGGAGCUUGUGUGGUCACCUAUGGCGAUCAGAUCAUUGAUGAGGGCUAUCCCGGCGCUCUGUCCCGAUACACACUAGACUUUAUUCUCCUCUAUUCUUUCCUGCCCGCUCUGCUGCUGUUGGGCAUAAUUAGCUUUAAGAUCAGAGACAAGCUUGUGCGUCACUAAGACCACAAAAAUGAAUAUUCUGUUUAAGCAGAAAGCUGAGCUUAUAGAGCUUUUAUAUUAUGAUAUUCGCUUUUCAGAGAUGACCUUCACCAACCACUUUAUUAGGCACGCCUUGCUAGUUGGGACCCCUUUUGAUAAUAAAAGUAUGGACAUGAUCAGCAACAAUACUUAGUACCAAUGACAUAUAAAGGAUAUUUUCUUGGCACACUUUGGGCCCCUUAGUACCAAUGAAAGAAAAUAUCCUUUACAACAAUGAAAAAAGGGUGGCGCAGUGGGUAGUACUGCUGCUUCACAGUUAGAAUACCAUCUUGGCCCAGGCCUCUCGCUGUGUGAAGUUUGCAUGUUCUCCCCGUCUGCGUGAGUUUUCUCCGGGUACGCCGGUUUCCUCCCACAGUCCAAAGUCAUGCACUUACUGGGGUUAGAUUAAUUGGCCACUCUAAAUUGCCCAUAGGUGCGAAUGUGAGUGUGGAUGUUGUCUGUCUC